GUUACCUGAGAACGUCGCCGUGCAGCCAACUAAGUGCCUACGUCACGUUUGAACUCUAAGUAGUUUUAGGAUUCCAAUCGAAUUUCCGCAAAAGUUUCUCAGAUUUUCGCACCGCCAAGGCCCAGACGGCGACCCUGCGGCAGGCCCUUUUCGCCUUUCAACUUGCUCGCUUGAAAUUUAGUGGGAAAGGUGGCCGGAGUGACAAAAGUUGGUUUUAAAUUGUUGGAAUUUUAGGUGUGUAUGGUAUACGGUGCUUCAGCUGUGCGGACAGGAACGUUGUGCGAAUAACUGUGCUUGUGGAUUUCUUAUUUUUUAUGGCGCUUCUCCUGCCUUAAUACAGAUCUGCUCAACCAAACAUGCUAGUCACCAUCGAAACAACUAAGAAAGCGUUAUAACAGUCAAAAAGUAACUUCUCGCGUGAUUCUACGAGAAAAAUUCGCCAUGUCUGAAUCCACCCCAAUCUGUCGGUGCCGCGUCCUCUACUUGGGAUCGAGCGUGCCACAACAGACCAAGGACGGCCUCCAAGGUAUCCAGGAGCCGCUGCAGGAACUGUACCCCGACCAGGGGGCCACUGGAGCUAGAGGCAUAGAUUCUUGGUUGAGUGUGUGGUCGAAUGGGAUCCUUCUCGAGAACGUCGACGAGAACCACAAAAAGAUCACACGGUUUUUCCCCAUAGAAAGUCUGCAUUAUUGUGCGGCAGUAAGAUAUGUUCUAGUCCCAGAAAAGAAUACGCUCCACAGUCCAAGUCCGCGCUUCCUCCCCCUGGACUCGCCAUUCGCUCGGGCGCCGAACCCCACCCACCCGCCACUGUUCGCUGCCAUUUUGAGGAGGACCACGGGGAUAAAAGUACUGGAAUGUCACGCUUUCAUCUGCAAAAGGGAAGUCGCGGCGAACGCCCUGGUUAGAUGCUGUUUUCACGCUUACGCCGAUUCGUCCUACGCGAAGCAAGUGGAUACCGCAGGGAGCAUAUACGGGACCCUCGCCUCGGAAAGGCUGACUAGCAAAGAUAAGAUCGAAGAAUGGAAGAUGAGCAGAUCGCACUCGGGCUCAACGAUGACGCUGAACACGAUAGCGAACGCUAAAGACGACAUCAGCAUCUACAACGGCGACGAGAACCACAAGGUGUGGGCCGGCUCCCAAGACAACCUGGACGGCAUCUACGACGUCUACUCCACCAGCACCAUAUCCAGGCCGUCCAGGCCCCGGCAGAUAGCUCAACCGGUGGCGGUUCCUCCGCCGCCGAUGAAAGAGAAGAAGAAGAAGAGCAAAGGCAAGUCGUUGGGUGGUUCUAGGGAGGACCUGUACCACCCCCUGAUGAACGGGAAGGCCAGCAGCGUGUCGGGUACCAUGGUGAAACAGAAACAGUCCAUGCACCAGAUGAGUCCGGGGCCGCAGCCCAUCUACAUAAUGGCGCCCCAUCCUGGUACCCUUCCCAACCCGAAAUUUUUUAAACAUCACGGGAACACCUUUUCUCAUAGACCUCGAGGAAAAGUCCUGAUUCCAGCGCGACCCAUACCGCCGCCCAUGGUCCCUGUGGCCCCAGUCAUCAUCCCCACGGCAACCAUGCAGAAGACCAAGAAGAAACAAAAGCAGCACGUGGAGGAACCCAUCUACAUGCCCAGCAAUCGAGCUCUGAGUCCUGUGGCCAGUUACCAACCGGUAAAUUUCCCCCACGAAGCAUACUUGAUGCAGCACUAUGCUACCAUGGAGUCCCAAGGAAAGCAGAGGAAAAGCAGGGAAAAGUCCGUGGAGAAAUCGAAAUUGAACAAGAAGCUAGCGCAGAGUAUGAACGGUCUCGACGAUCCCAAUUUGGGGUCUGACGAGUCACCAUUUAAUACUGGGAUAUAUCGGAAAAAGGGGCACUUAAACGAAAGAGCGUUUUCUUAUUCGAUAAGACAGGAGCAUAGAAGUAGGAGUUAUGGAAGUCUGGCGAACUUGAAGUUUGCAACUCCAAUACCCAAUGGCCAUGACGUGGAGGACAGGGAAGAUAUAAAAAAGGAACGAGAAAUAAUGCAAAUGGUCCAGGACCUGGACCUCUCUGGAGACGAACUCGAAAGGUCUGAGGUACCCCGAGGAAUGUACGAGGCACGAGGAAUACCACCAGGUCCGGUCAUAGUAACAGCACCACAGAUGAAUGGAAGAGGGUUGCGACGAUAAGCACACAAUUAGCGUGAAGUGUGUUCUUCCAAACCAUAGCAUUUGGUCGACGUCUAGGGGCGUGUGCACACACCCAUUUCCCGCACACAAGUGAUUUAGAGAAACAAGUUUGUACACUAUCGUCCAAUAUAUACGUUAUCUAUUCAAAAAAAUGUAGUUAAUCUUACUAUAUUAUAAAUAUAGACAUAUUAUUUGUCGUAAUCCCACUGAUUUGUUGAUAAGAAAUUGAUAAGGAAAUGUUAUAGGUCUAGAUUUUUGUAGCAACUGACUUUUUAUGUUAAUAACUUAAUCCAUAAUUGAAAUACAAUAUGGAUAUUAUUUAUUUCAAAUUCUUAACGUGUUCUAUUUUAAGAAAUAUUGUUUUAAUAGAACUGAGCAAAGAGGACUUUCUAUUUAUAUGCUGUUGUAUGGUAGUUGUAAUAAUUAUUUAACACAAGACAUUCACACCUUGAUGUGAAGUAGAAAUUAAAAAAAAAAUUGUAAAUAUUGUGUUUGUGAAAAUAUAUAUUUUUUCUAAAUUUGCUCAAAUAAUAUUGUAUUAUAUAUUUUGGUUUAUUCUAGAGGUAGAGGAAAUUACUAUUAUACAUAUAUUUACCAAAUAUUCUUAAAGAUAACACAUUAUAUUAUAUAUUUGUAAAUAAUAGUUGUUUUUGUUUUAAUUAAGGCAUUAUACAUUGAUCUAAUUUUAAGGUAUCAUUUAACUGUGUCUAAUAGUAACUUAGAUAUGCAUUUUUAAUGAAUUCUGAAUAUUUGAAAGUGCCAUUAUUAAUGAAUUUGAAAACUACUAAAGAUGAACAAAAGUGGUAGAGCGGCAUUGUAAACACCAAGUAAACUGUCUUUUUUUAUUUAAUAAAGUAGAAAUUACAUUUAGUCGUACAUUAGUAUCUGUUUUAACUUGUAUUUUUGUAUAUAAAAUAAACAAUUCA